CUAAUAGCCAGAGCGCCCUAGUGAAAAAGACUCCAUUCGAUUUCGUGCCUUAUCACAAGCAUCAAGGUAGAGACACUCUUUAUGCAGGAAAUCAUGUUUGUCUCCCUGCUACUGUUGCUUUGCGUGACCCUCGCAAUUCCUGAAGCCAGUCAAGCUACCGAUAGUGAAUCAGAGGGACUCGGAAAGGUGGUUUACCUUCCGAAGAUAAACUUAUUGGCCGACUUUCAUGAAAAAGAGAAUCGCAUCUAUGAACCUCUACCAUCAGAAUGCUUCACCAAGAAACCCUUGAAGUCCUCAAGCAGCAAAUUCGAUUACUAUAAAAGUACCAAGGAAUUGUAUAAGUCACUGGCCACCGAGUCAAGCCUGAGCGCCUCGUUAACCUCGACGUUUACUUUGAGCGCUACUGUAUCAGUGGCAACAAAGAGCAAAAGUUCAUUGAAAACAGAAGUGAGUGGCAUAUCUUUGAUCAAGGAGGCGUUGACAGAAAAGAUUUACGUCAAUAAAGAAUGCCUUGUGAAUGCCAAAAAAUCCACCCUCGAUGGAGGUUUUCUGGACUAUUUAGAAAACCUGCCAUUAAAAAUUGAAAAGCCUUGGUCUCACAAUUCUUGGAGAGCAUAUCGUACUUUCCUAGAUAAAUAUGGCUCCCAUGUCAUAACAUCUAUGAGGCGCGGAUCAAGGUUCCAGCAAAUGGUCUUCGCAGAGAGCUCUCAAUCGUAUAGCGAGAGAGAUUUCCAGGUGAAAGCAUGUGUCUCGGCUGCAGGUCCCACGUCUGUUGGAAAGCUUGGCGUUUCUGCUUGUUCUAAAAUAGGCAGCAAUGAAAUAUCAAAGGCAAGCAAGAUGAGUGUUAGCGAGACACGGUUCGUCAGGGGAGGACUAAGGGCAACAAAUAGCGAGCUGGCAAAUGGAGAAACGUCAGCUGAACUGAUUAUAAAACUUAUGAAUGAAGCUGAUGAGGCACCUUCGCCUGUCCAGCAUACCUUAAUGCCGAUUUCGCGCAUAUUACAAAGCCGCUUUAAACCAGGAUCUAAUAAUUACAUCCGAGCAACAAACCUCGAGUACUACUACAACGGUUACUUAAGUUACGGUUGUACCUACAAGACACUCAAUGGUGUCGAACUUCAAAAAUUCGACUACACCAAAGGAUCAAAGGAAGAAUAUCCAGAAUUCGAAUGUUCUAUCCCAAAGGAAGGUUGUCAUAGCGACAAUGACUGUUACUACAUGGUUGGUGUCUGGUGCAAUUGCGGGGGAAGAUCAUGCGUUCGUCACAAGUCGGAGAAACAAAUCCUAGGUAGUUCCAAGGAAACUGCAUAUAUGAACACGGCAACAUGGGACUGGAAAGGAUGCGAUUGGAAAGUCUGGGGGUCGGUAUGUGCUUGCUACAACAAAGAUCGCAAUGAAAGGAAGACUGUGUGGCACUUAGCUACCAGCUCCAAAGAUGCUGGUAAACAUAAAGCACCUGGCAACACAACCUACGACGAGGCAAUUGAUUCUGUUACAGGUCAAGCGGAAAGAAUGGCAACACCUAACACAGCCGAAGAUGCUGCCGAGCACAUGGCGAAACAUCCAAUUCAAACCCAACUGAAGGAAGAGGAAGAGGAAAUUUAAUGUCUCUUAUAUCACAUGUAAUCACUUAAAUGGGAAGCGCCUAAUUAAGUUAUAGAGAGAAAAAACCUGGUCUUAAACAACAGUUGGCCAUUCGAUCAGGGAUGGACAGCUGCAAUUGAAACAUUUCGUGAUCAGUUAGGUGGAAUGUUAAAAUACAAGUCCAGUUAGAGUGUUCAAAUAAAGGAGAGCGCAUCCACGGCA